AUGUGGAGCAUUGAAAAGUUGUUGGAAGGUUCAACUACCAGCAUACGGCAACAUCAGCAACAUGAAUCUACGGCAAAACAACAACAUCAACAACGCGGACAACAAAAUCAACUUCUGCCACAACAACAUCAGCAGAAACAACAAUGGCAGCAGCUACAACAACAACGGCAGCUGCCACAACAACAACCGCAACAGCUACAAUAUCCACAUUUUGAUAACCAUUCCACUAAACAUCACCACCAGCAGAAAUUUCACAAAAAUUUGUCCAAUAAAUCUGUAUUAGGUUUUAAAAGCGAUUCAGAAAAAUCUAAACAGGAAAAUAAUUUACAAGAACAACAAAACUGGCAAGCUGUCAACAACACGCAAUGUAAAAUUCCUAAAACAGAAAAUAAAAGUUCUCACCAAGAAAGUCUCAAAACGCAAACUGAAUGUUCCAACUCGUUUCCGACAUUGAAAUCACGCCUAAAACCGACACCACCAUCCACUUCCGGUUACAACUACGUCAAUAUUAUCAACCGCAGGUACAUUAUCAACUGUGCCAUCAACAAAAGCAACAACAUCAGCAUCAUCAACAGCAACAACACCAAUAUCAACAUUCUCACCAUCAACAGCAACAACAACAACAUAAACAACAACAGCAACAACAGCAGCAACGGAAAAAAUGUGACAUCAGCAAAUGUUCCACAAACAAACAAGCCAUCUCCAAUGAUGUCAAUAAAAUUACCGGAAACACCAAUAACGACGAUGACAUCAUCAAAUACAACACCACCACCAACGACAACAUCAAUUGAAAUUAGAAUUAUGAUGAUGGGUAAAAAAUCUGAUUGUUUGAAAAAUCCCAAGCAAAUUGGCGAUGGUGAAUGUGAUGCAGCUGAUGACUUUAAUGCUGUGGCUGAUGGUAAUAUGGCUAAGGAUCAAAACUUUAAUGAUGAUGUCCUCAAUUACGUCAUUUCUAAUGAUGACGUUGUUGAUGACGCCGAUGAUAAAUAUUGCUGCACUUCCAACGCUGACGCCUGUUCUGAUGAGUCUGAGAAGCAAGCAGCAUUUAAGGAGCCCAAAUAUAUUAGGAAUGAAUAUGAUGAGGAAGAUGUUGAUGAUGAUGUCGUUGUUGAUGAUGAUGACGACAAAAUGUUGGAUGUCGUUGGAGAUGAUAGUGAUGAUUCGUUAGACGAAUCGAAUGCCCAGAGAAGCACCAGCAAAACAUCGAGUGAUGUGCACCUCACUGGUCGCCAGAGUUGUGCCAGUCAAGAUGACCACUCCUCUGCAACUUGCAGAUGUAAGAAGGAUUUUGAAAAUGAAUUCAAAACUAGCGACAAUAACAAUUUCAGUAUUGAACCUAAUUUGAAAUGCUUCAAAAUCGACAACGACAGCGACGACAGCGACUGUGAAAACGACGGCAAAAUCGACAACAACCCGAAGAUAACUCGCACAAAUGAAAUCUUUCCCAUUCCAAAUUUAGACCAAAAUAAAUUUAAUUUUUUUAGUAGUUUAUUGCCCCACAAUUUACUUCCACACGUUCAAACUGCCGACAAGCAAUGUAAUUUGCUUUUACCUGUUAGAAAAGCUGGCAGCAAGGAGGAAGAAGAAGAGUUACGUUUCUCAAGCGCGUGUCAGGCAAUGCAGUACAGAGAUGGGCUACUGCAACUCGAGCAAUUGCAAGAACUUUUCUGGAUGCAGCAGUGUAAGAAUCAACAAAUAUAUCAGGACUACUGUAAUCGCAAACAUCCAUUCUCAUAUCAAACGCAAUCUGACGUCUUUGGAAUAUUUCCAAAAAAUCCUCUCGAAAACCUGAACAACAUCCUCGAUAAUCUUUCGACGAAAACAAAUUUGUUUACAAAACUUGAAACAAAUUUUAAUACGAUAAACGCGGCCAAAAAAAACAAAGUAGGAAAUGAUGAUCAGACAUUUGUGAACGUGACUGGUGCAUGUGCUGUCGGACAUUUUGGAGAUAAGAAGGAGUCAUGCAGGUACGAUGAUGACGAGGAUGAAAAUGAUGAAGAUGAUGAUGAUGAUGCAAGUGCCGAUGGCGGCUUGAAGAAACUUCUAUUGAAAACAAACUUUGUUCAACAACAACACAGACGGUGGAACUACAAACACAACCAGCAACAACAUAACAAACAACAGCACAAAAAACAACAACAUAAUAAACAACACAGAAAUAUACAACUCCAGCAAGUUGAACGUCAGCCAUCGCUGACCCAGCACAAUCAUCAUGAAAAAUAUAACAGUGCAGCAUUCACUCGAUGUAUGGGAGGUUCACCAUUGCCUGUUCUGACUGAAAACAAUGGAGAAAGAACAUUCGAAAGUUGUUCGUUAUCACUGCCAUCCCUGCUAUCAAGUGUCGACGGCUCUGUUUCUACUUCCACAUCGACUGCUGCUGCUGCUGCUACUGCUGGUCAGAACGUGAGUACUUGCUCUUUGAACAGUAAGACAAUUUUAAAAACGAAAUUCAAUAAUCCAACCUUCGUCAAGAAACGAAAACUCGUUGGAAGCGUGUUCUGCGAGGGAGGAAUGAGAAGGCAGACCGGUGAAGAUGUUGCUGACAAGUGGAGUUUCAACGGUGAUGAUGUUACGAGAACCGACAAACAUGCAAACAUCACAAACUUCAGCAACAAAUCAAAAGCAGGCUCAUACGGCACGGACACAAACAUCAAAAAAAUAAACAUACUUGAUAAUAUAUCUUCACGAGACGACGAUCUUAGCCAUCGGGAUUAUAAACUCGUUACAAAGAGUUUAAGCUGUCGAAACGACUAUGAAGUAAAAAAUAAGAACAAACCAACUUUCAACAAAUCGAACGUCGCUUCAAAAAAUGACAAAAUUGUUGUUGGAGGCUCUUUUCUAACGCUGAAGAAACAUUUGAUCGUCUGUCCGUCCUGUCAUAAGCUCUUCAACAGUUCAAGCGCUUUAGAAAUACACGAACGCACCCACACGGGUUCACGACCUUUUAGUUGUCCCACCUGCAACAAAUCAUUUACAACUAAAGGUAACUUGAAAGUUCACUUUUCAUCUGUGCACAAACCCGGAGGUCAGAAGUCACGCAGAGGUCAAAGGUUGUCACUGUCACCGCAGAGACUUCAUCGCGUUCUCUCACUGCUGCAUAGUUCGAAGAAUGCUGCUGCAGCCGGCUUCAAGUCAAAACAUUUCACGGAUUUGUCCAUUUGA